CCGAGGACCACAUUCCGACUUGGACAACGACGACGGCCGCUCUCCAUCGAAGAAACCCUUCCCGGCCUCGAUGGGCGACGCCCCCACCAAGACCCGCCGCGCCCGCCUCUGCAUCAUCGGUAGUGGCCCUGCCGCCCACACCGCGGCCAUCUACGCCGCGCGGGCUGAGCUGAAGCCCGUCCUCUUCGAGGGCUGGAUGGCCAACGACAUCGCGGCCGGAGGCCAGCUCACCACCACUACGGAUGUCGAGAACUUCCCUGGGUUCCCCCAGGGCGUCAUGGGCUACGAGCUCAUGGAUCGCUGCCGCGAGCAGUCCCUCCGCUUCGGCACCGAGAUCCUCUCAGAGACCAUCACAUCCGUGGACUUCUCCGUGCGCCCUUUCCUCGUUCUGUCGUCCUCCACUGCCGUGGAGGCCGACGCUGUCGUCGUCGCCACGGGCGCGGUCGCGCGCCGCCUUCACUUCCCGGGGUCGGAGGAGUACUGGAAUCGGGGGAUCUCUGCCUGCGCUGUCUGUGAUGGGGCGGCGCCUAUCUUCCGGAACCGCCCCAUUGCGGUGAUCGGCGGGGGCGACUCUGCCAUGGAGGAGGCUAACUUCUUGACCAAGUACGGAUCCAUGGUCUACAUCAUUCAUCGCCGGGACUCGUUCCGGGCGUCCAAAAUCAUGCAGGCUAGGGCUCUGGGAAACCCUAAAAUCAAGGUUGUUUGGAACUCGGAGGUAGUGGAGGCCUACGGGGAAGCUCAGGGACCCCUCGCCGGCGUGAAAGUGAAGAACGUAGUAACUGGGCAAGUCUCCGAUAUCAAUGUGUCGGGCCUCUUCUUCGCUAUCGGGCAUGAGCCUGCCACAAAAUUCCUUGGCGGACAGCUUGAGCUGGAUUCUGAUGGAUAUGUCGCCACCAAGCCUGGAACAACGCUCACCAGUGUGAAAGGUGUCUUUGCUGCAGGAGACGUACAGGACAAAAAGUAUCGUCAGGCCAUCACCGCUGCAGGAUCAGGUUGCAUGGCUGCUUUAGAUGCAGAGCAUUACCUGCAAGAGAUUGGUGCUCAGGAGGGAAAGACUGAUUGACUAUCCGUGGAUAUCACCAAGGGCGCCCUGAAGGUUUCGUCUUUGCUGGUGAACUCGAAUCUUUGAAGUGCAAGAUGGCUGGAUUGGUUUAUCAAGCUAUUAUGCUUCUUGUUAUAGAAUAUGAACCUUUUUUAUGUUGCCACCUAUAAUAUUGCAGGUUUUCAGCGGCUCCAUGCUUAGACUGAAUAAUAUCUUGUUUGUGAUUCGUUCCCAGUAUGAUUUUGGGGUAUCUAUCUGUAUCCCUGAAUGAUUACUAGUGUGCUUAUUCUAUCAGAAGCAACUGUGCCAUCAACAAUCACUCUGGUAUUGUAAGUUGAGUUUAAAUUGACAAAGAUCUCAAUUAUUAUUGUUAUUUUCAUGUACUUCUCACUUAAUUAGUUUACAUUAACUUUUCUCUCA